UAGUUAUCUACGAACAUGGUACUGUGCGCAGGGGCUCUGUCGUGGCUGAACUACAGCAGUUUCUCCUGAAGCACUUAAAUUAAUUCCAGUGUUGAAUCAGGAUCGGUUCCAAGGCAUAUUCUACUCCUCAUCUAAAACAGAUACAUCAACAUGCAUUAUACUUCAGUAAUCGCCCUCGCAUUGGCCAUACUGCACAUCGCAGUGGCCAAGGACUUGCGAUCGGUGUCGGAACCGAAGAUUCCGUCUGCUUGCACUUCCCUGAAGGGCACGGGGAAAGAGGAGACGUCUGUCAUCCAGAAGGCUCUCUCCUCCUGUGGCAGCGGGAAAGCCGUCCACCUGGCAUCCGGCACCUUCAUCUCGGGCCCGCUGACGAUUCCCUCAGGAGUGGGUCUGUGGGUCGACAGUGGGGCGGUGCUGAAGGCCAGCACCAACCCGAAAGACUUCGACGAGGGAAAGAACACGUGCGGGACGCUAGAUAAUAACGGCAAAGGCUGCAAGCCGCUCAUCACCAUCAAGAGCGCCAAGGGCAGUGGAAUAUACGGCAAGGGCACCAUCGAUGGCCAAGGAGGACAGACCAUGACAGGCAAGGGCGAGACCUGGUGGAAGCUCGCAGCCGAUGCCAAAACCAAGAACAAGAAACAAAACGCGCCCAGACUGAUUCAAAUUGAAAACUCGAAUGACAUCACUUUGUACCUGAUAACGCUGAAGAACUCCCCCAAUUUCCACGUCGCCAGCAAGAGCACCAACGGCUUCACCGCAUGGGGAGUCACCAUCAACACGCCGGGAACUGCCCGCAACACGGACGGCAUCGACCCGAUGGGAUCUCAGAAUGUCACCAUCACGCACUGUAACAUUGCCACCGGCGACGACAACGUGGCCAUCAAGGCAGGCAACGCGCCGACCAAGUACGUUUCCAUAACCAACAACAAGUUCGGUGUUGGCCACGGUAUGUCCAUCGGCAGUGAAGUCAACGAUGGUGUCAGCUCAGUGACUGUCAGCACGCUGACGCUGGACGGCACCACCAACGGCCUGAGGAUCAAGAGCGACAAGUCCCGUGGUGGUCUGGUGACAGGCGUCGCCUACACCAACGUCUGCAUGCACAACGUGAAGAACCCCAUUGUCCUCGACACUCAGUACAGCAGCUCUAGCGGCAGCCACAUUCCCACCUUCAAGGGCAUCACUUUCAACAACAUCAAGGUGUUGACUGCUGGAACCUUUACGUUCGAUGGUAUCAGCGAUUCAAAUCCUGUAGAGGCCACUCUCAACGACGUGCACAUCAAAUCAGGCUCCAAAUGGGUUACGAAAUAUGCAAAGAUAAGUGGCAAGUACUCAGAAGAUGCAAGUGGCAGCAGUUGCUAAGGCAUCACUAAUUCGUCAGUAAAAUGUGUGUUGGACAAGCUCUAACGAACCAUGGUUAUGUAGCCAUUAAAAACGCAAAUAAUUUUGUUCAAGUUCAGAAACAGUAUUAAAACAUUAAAAUUCUACCAAUUUUAAUGUUUUCUGUAAAUCUUUAUGCUUAUAACUAUUUUUAUAUAUUGUAUCGAAUAAUAUUUAUUAAGGUUUAACAAAUGCGAAGUCAAUAAAUAAUAAACUAAACAAACCCAUAAAAUAAUUAUGGUAUAGAAAGUGGUUUGUAGUGAAAUAUAAGUCAAAAUUCAUGCUUAAAUGUUUAUAUGAUUAAUCAAAGAGACUUUUUUACUUUAAAAUAUUAUGGUAUUGUUUUGUUUUAAUACAUAUAAAUUCCUUUUUAAAAUUAUAUAGCAUGUCAUUUGAAGUUAUAAUCUCAAUAUUACUAUUUUUUUUUAAAAUAGUAUAUACUAGAAUGAAUGUCUUACUAAUUCUUUGUAAAUUUAUGUCACAUAAUAAAUCACAAAGAUAAUUGCA